CUCAAUUUACAACUAUCUCCUCUUCUACCACACCUUCUUCAAUUCUCUUCCUCCUCAAUCUCUCUCUCUACACCAUUAAAUUAAGCUUUAAAGCAAACCAUCUAUCUCUCAAUUCUUGUUUACAUAUAAAUAUAUGUAUAAAUGGCCUUGGAGCCUCUAAACCAACAAACCCAUCUCACUAGCGGUGGUGCUUUUCCUGAUCACCGCCUUAAUCUCCCUCUUUUGUUCUUCAGCAGGAGUUGCCAAUCUCAAGUUGACUUAAAUCAUCAAAAUCUUGGAAUUAACACAGAUUGAUUUCGGAGAAGAUGAGUGGAAGAAACGGAAGAGGUGGUGGUAGGAAUCUCGACUUGAAGCUGAAUUUGUCGCCACCAAUAGCUCACCGGCGUACGGAAGAAUCACCUAGCAGAUCAGCUACAAUUUCACCGACAACUUCCUGUGUGUCAUCGGAGAACAUCCAAGAUGAGACGGAGCUCCGGUACUCAAGUAGCCCGGAGGCCACAUCGAUGAUGCUUGUUGGAUGUCCACGGUGCCUCAUGUACGUUAUGCUUGCUGAGGACUACCCUAAAUGCCCUAAAUGCAAGAGCACCGUGUUGCUUGAUGUCGUCCAUGAUAGCUCCACCAAGAAAACAAGAAAGUCUUGAAUGAAGAUUGAAGAUGCAUGGUGAAAAAGCUUUUAUAACUUAGCACUAGUAUUAUUAGGGUUUUCUUUUUGUUUUUUGUUAUUUGUUUUUUUGUUAUUUUAAUUUUUUUUUACUUUCAUGAAUUAUGUUAUUUAACCGUGUCCCAUGAAUGGAGUUUGAAUGACAAUACCCAUUUUACCCUUCUA